AUGAUAUCAUACAUGGGAGGUAAUUAAUGUAAUGUUUUCCUUGAUGCCCCAGGCUGUUUCUCUGGAUGUACUGUGUAUAUUUAGCUACACUGCUGACUGCUGAGAACCCUAGUAGUGACAAUCUCUGUGUUUCACCUGUAUCACAGCCUACCUGGCCAAGAUCUCCGUUUUAAUUUCAUACCUUUACCUGGCUGCGAGAGUAACGAGACCAUUGUAUUGCCUCUUGGUGAAUGUGUAGUGAACAACUUAUCGUAGUAGGAGGAUACAAAUCGAAUGUGAUGCGAUGUUCUCUGACUGACACAGGAUAUAUAUGUGUGUACCUGUGGUAACGAAGGCCAGGGCAAUGUGUACGUGUGUUAACACCUUAACAGCGUGUUGGCCCUUACCUGUGGGGCUGUACCUGUGGUGAUGGUGAGUCUGGGCCUUGGUGUCUAGUUUCGACCUAGUUCUAACUGCUUGGGAUACUAACCAUUGUGUCACACCUGGAGAUAUAUUGUGUGUCGGACUGUUACCGUGGACCUCUAGAAACAUUGUUGGAUUAUUUCCCCUGUGUUUUAAUACAAGAUGUGGAUGCUAUUACCGAAGACUUAGUAGUGAUAUGACCUUUUGUGUACAAGGGAUAUUAGAACUGUAUAUGGAUGUGUGUGUACGUGUCUCAUAGUGAGAGGACCUGACACUAACACACUUAAUACUUUGUGUACAAGGGCUUAGUGUAAUUUAGAACCUUUAUUGCUUUAGUUCAUUCCUCAUCCAUCAUAGGACCUGUACUCCGUUCACUUUGGUUUACCGAUCAGGAAUUUUUUAUACCAUGCAGGCCUGUCCGCCAUCUAUGGCAUAGCGGCCUUAUUAUUUCACUGUGAACCUGGUGUGACAAUACAGAGAAAUGAAAUCAGGAAUUCGUGGAUGAGAACGGAGAUUUCAUUUACCUUACACAAAUGUUGCUCACACAAAUGUACCCUACGCACAUGGUGCAGAAUCAGAUGACGCCGACAUACCAGUAUGCGGCGGCGCCAACGCCUACAGCCCUGGAGGAGUACACAGGACAUCCUCAGGUCGUAGUAAGCCAACCCACCACAGUAGUGUCCGCUGAAGCAGCCCCACCCUUACAGUUCAAACCCCAGGACACGCCCUACCCCGUCACCACGGUAACUCCCAACGGGGGCGUGGAGCAGCAGACGGUAAGGCCGCCGAGACAGAUCAAUGGACAAACAUAUCUCUCCAGGCCUCUAGCAUAUGAGCAAAUGGUAUUAAAGAUCGAUGAGCAAACAGACCUCGAGGAAGGAUCACAAGUACAGGUGUCGCCAACUGUAGCAGCAGCUGCAGCACAGAACCUCGCAAUCGGGCCAAAACGUCUUCAUGUGUCAAAUAUUCCAUUCAGAUUCAGAGAAGCAGAUUUAAAAAACUUAUUAGGGCAAUUUGGUAAAAUCAUAGAUGUUGAAAUCAUCUUCAACGAGCGGGGAUCAAAGGGAUUUGGUUUUGUAACUUUCGAAACUAGCGCGGAGGCUGACCGAGCACGAGAGAAAAUGAACGGCACUGUGGUUGAGGGAAGAAAGAUUGAGGUUAACAAUGCCACUGCCCGAGUUAUGACCAAAAAAACUGUCGCUGCUCCCACAAUCCCAAAUGGAUUUCCCCAAGCAGUUGCCGGCAAUCCCAGCGCUGCUGCAGCAUUACGAGGUGUUGCCUUGACCAGGGGACGGGCGGCGGCUGCUGUAGCCGCACGAGGAACAUAUGCCAAUGUAGCCGCAGCUGCAGCUGCUGCGGCAGCGUUUCGACACCCUACACCUUUAGCGGCCACCGCAACAGCACUGCCUUACACAGCGGGCAUGUACCAGGACCCGUUCCUAGCGGCAACGUAUGCAGCCGCUGAAAGAUACCAGCUCCCCCAGUUGGUGACGACACAGCCCUAUCCUACAGCGGCUGCAGGCUAUGCUACCGCUGCUACACGCUACGCAAUCCCUGCCGCUAUGGCGGCCACAGGAGCAACAUAUGCUGCCGCAGGGUCCAUUCCGUAUGCUGGAAGGGAGUAUGCAACAGACCCCUACCUUGGACACAGUAUUGGACCGGUUGCCGGUUAUGGAGCCACAGUGUAUCGCGGGGCCUAUCAGAGAUUCACACCCUACUGACGUGUUAGUGGUCAUUAUUGUGAGAGGAUCAGAAGGAGCAAACAAAGCAGCGGUCAUGUGAUAAACUCUACAGUGUUGUCAUGUUGAUCUGUGGAGCUGAGGCGGAGCUGCCAUCAACAGUAUUCGCCCUAUAUAACUCUUGAAGCAGACUAGACUGUGAAGUGCAAUGUUCUCAUCAGUGCUGAAUUGGUGCUUUUUCACUUUAUUUUGUAAUAUUUGAUUGUAUGUUUUUAUUUUUAAAUCAGCACUGAUUGAAGAUUUUGAAAUACUUGCUGCCAUUUUUAAGAUUCUUCCAUUCUGAUUGGUUCAGUCCUUGAAAUGCACAUCCCUUUGAGAUCAUAGAAGAAAUACCUCAAUGCUUCCAUUGUGCUGAAACAGUUUUGUUGGAUUUGUUUUUGGAGGAUAUUGAGGGAAAUUUACUGCAUCCACAUGCAACUGUCAGUAUUAAAUCAAAAUUUUUUCACUAUUGGAUGCGAAUGUAAGUUUGUUAUUGCCGUUAUGUAGUUGUGUUGUAGGUUAGGCCCACACUGGGUAUAGAUAGACCUACUACCAGUUAUGUGUGUUGUCGGGACAACAAGGACAGACAACUAGUAUCUGUCUAACAUUGUUCCAAAGUCAUUAUUUAUUAUAUACAAACACUCCUAUUUAUUCAUCUGUAUAUAUAUAUUAUGAAAACCACUCAAGUAUUUCAAGGGCUGAACCAUGGUUACGCAUCUCUGUUUGUGUUAUCCUCACCAUGACCAUGGUGUAUGGCUGCAGGUGACAGAAUGAAUGGUUGGUCCGUUCACGGUCAGGAGGAUGAAUUAUAUACUUAUUAUUGAUGAUGAAUGUACAUACUAAAUACUCAUAAUGCAGUAAGCUUUAUUUUGAACAAAUGCAUCUAGUCAAAUUCACACUGUUUUACCUCAUGCCAACCUAAGUUAAGGGGUGAAUCAUCCAGUGUGAGCUCUGGUAAUGGUCACACACGCUAGCAUCUUGUGCUGCUGAAUCGGGCCCUACCAAUGAGUCAUGUCACCACUAAAAAACUAAAGUGACAUUAAAAAAUGUUUAACCUCAUACUUGAUAUUGAUUUAAAUGUCAAUGAUUUAUAUUUAUUUAAAAAAAAAAACAGUACUUUGAUAAUAAAAUCAAAUUGAUAAAAGAAAAUAUAUGAAUGGAUUACAAUAAUUUUCAGUUCUUAUGAAAGUUUCAAAGGCAAUCUUAUGACAUCUACCUGGUCAAUUUCCAUUAUGCGUUAACUUUGCCAAGGCAUUACUCAUAUCUUCAGUGCUAACAUUCUUUUGAUACUUAGUCAUAUGAUAAUAAGGGUAAAUGUUUUUGGCCUGAUUUUAAAUUUUGAAUUAAGAUUUGUUUGUAAGCUGUAUAUAGUAAUAGUAAAUGAGGGUAGGGCCUGUAAACCCAAGUAGAGUAUAUAACCAUCAAUAUUCUCAAGGUUUGCUCUUAACACUUCAGCAACAAGGUGCUUCCCAUCUAUAUAUUUUUUCAUCACUCUUAUGUGCAAUUAAAACACUCAACAUUUUACAUUACAUCAUUUUUGAAACGGAGAUGAGCAUAAAGAUGCUUGUCUGCAUGUUCAUUUGAGUACGUAACUGAACUCCGCAGCAAAGGUCAACCUUACACACUAGUCAAGGCCUAAUCAAAUCAGCAUGAAAGGUAAAGGUCAAAGUUUUAAAUUUUGAAGGGAAAUCGUACUUAAACCUUAUGCUAGUCUAGGUUAUGCUGAACUCUAAAGCAAAGGUCAAAGGUGAAAUGAUUUUGGUGAGGUAUUUUAACAGUGUCUUAAUGUUUUUGGUUCUGUUUGAGAAAUGAUAAGAGAUUGUGGUUAGUACUUUCUAUAAAAUGUAUACAUUUUGUUUUCUUUUUUAAAUGUUCUUCAUCAACUCAUUGUUCAUUCACAGUUUCUUCCAGUAUGCUUGUACAGAAAGCAUGAGAGCAUGGUGCUAGGAAGGAGGUCAUGUUCGCAUGGUUCAGGUACCAUGAGUGGGCGAGAGUGUGAGAGGUGAUAUUAAGAAGUGAAGCUGUUGGAGUGAACGGAUACUGAUCAAUAUAAUUGGAAUACUAGUCGACUCUUAAAUAGUUAUAUAAUAUUACAAUGUUACUUUCAUAAUUUAAGAAGUAAGUUUCAUACAUGUUAUUAUUGAAAGAUGUUCGUUACUGGAACAUUCUUGCCAAAAGAAAAUUUCUUGCCCUUGGUGUAUUUUGUCACUUUACCUGACUGAUUUAUUAUCAGUUCUGUUGUUAAUAUUACAGAUAUGCUUAAAUUGCUACGCAAUAUUUUUUUCAAAGUUUGAUCUGCCCAAGUUUUUAUCUUGAGUUUUUUCUCUCUCUUCAUUUUAGAAAUUUGUUAAAAAUAUACUGCAUUAUUUUCUAUCUCGUCGAUAAAGUCAUUCUUAUAAUUAGUGAAAAAGAUUCUAUAUGAUAUCACUAAAACUGCUUUUUAUUUUGAUGAAUCUGAUUCUGCAAACUGUGUCCUAAUUAUGUGAAAAUACUGUCAGCAUUAUUGUGAGAAAGAUUGUUAACAUUUAAAAGAAUCCUCCUUUUUUGUUCACACUAUUUUACUGUAGAGUAAUCUCACUUUGUUUCUAAGGGCAGAGCAGGUUUUUUUUAUAUAUUAUUAAUAUUGUAUUCUUCCAACUUUUGUUGUCAAAUUUUUAUACAUGUUGAUAUGUAAAAAAAACUUAUUGCACACAACAUAAACUGCAAAUUUGAAAAAAAGAAAAGAUGAAUGUCCCAUCUUUUUUUUUAAAUGAUAUGAUAAUCAAAAGUUUUCAGCAGAUGUCAAAAAUACAACAAGAUUUUGUUAAAAGACGUGGAUUGUUGAGUCGUGAUUAUCUCAAGGUGCAAUAAAAACAAAUUACAGAGCAGAAGAGUGAAAUCUUCCGCUAAAACUACAGUAAAACACUGGUAAUUGUGUUGGAACAUUGUUAUUUUGAGAUUGAUGGUGCAUCAUUGGGAAAAGUGUAUCGCAGGGCAACAUGCACGGGUACACUGUUGGUUGAGAAUGAUGAUGAUAUUGAUAUGUACAUUUAUUGUUUGUGUAUUGAAUUUCUCAUCUUUUUCUCUUUUUUUAAUAUUCUGUUUUCAUAUUAAUCAUCUAAUGUUUGUGUAGAAUGUUAGCCUGAAUGUACAUUUGUGCGUUUGUGUAUAUAUAUACUACAAGUAUGUCAACCAAGACGAUGACAGUUUUUGUCUAGCUGUUGUUCGUCAAGUUGGCAGAUUCCCGAGUGCUUCCUCGGAGAGAGAAUUGGGCAUGUCAGGGGCAUGAUGGGAUGUGUCAUACACGCAUGAUUUGAAUGAACUACUGAUAUGGAGGUGAGAACCAUUAAUACAGCAUGAGUGUCUCCGACAAGUUGAAUGUGCUUCUUCCCCUGAUCUCUGAUUUGGUCAUUAAGCAACGUUUCUGGCAUGCCUUUUAUGAUAACAUCUCUAUUGCUUGUAUACUGUACUUAGUUGACUCGUAGUUUGGUCCCUUAAGGGGCCCAGUAGCACCCGCGGGCACAGGUUAGGAGGGUCCCAUCCAAGCCCCAUCCAGGCCACACUAUUAAGUUGACAACAAAUUUUGCCAAAUAGAAAUAAGUAAUUGUUGUAUAUUUAUGACUAAUAUUUAACAGUCAAUAGAUAAAGUUACGAAUUUUCUUGCCAAGAGAUGGUUUCUUUUGUUUGAAUUGAAAAUUAUUGUUAUUUUAAAAUUCUUCCUGAUUAAUUACUCUUGUGUUAAUUUUAUUUACCAAGAUACACGCCAAGUACAAUACCUUGUCAGCGAUCUUCGGAAGAAUUGAAGGAUUAGUAUUGAUCUGCUCGAGUUAAAAUGUUAGGAGAGGAUCUGGUUUAAUUUGUAGGUAGUAUUUUUGUUUAAUAUAAAAUUUUGUAUAUUGGAUCUGCAUUGCUGUGUCUUGGUGUUUAAACCCAUCACAUUUGGUGAUAAAAGAAAUCUCUGUAGGUUUUACUUGUAUUUAAUGCCAUAUGUCAACAAUUGGUUGGGUUUUUUUUCUUGUCAUAAUUACCAUAUAACCCAUCUUAUAUAAACAUUUACUCUGACCCUCAACUCCUGCCCUGAUCUUUGUUUUGUACAGAUGUAAUAACUCAAAAAAUAUUUAUUAAUAAUAUUCUAGCACCUUGAUAUUUAGACUUAGAAAUUGUAUACUUAACUAAGAUAAAUGUGUAUAUCUUGGCAAUAGUUUGUUGCUAGGUUUAGAUAUGUUUCUUUCACCCCUUACCCCUUUCCUCAUACACAGAUCUGGGAAUAAUAGCAUUGUUUAGUAUGUUAUUUAUAAUCACUGAAUUUAAUAGCAUCAGUCCUGCAUGAAGGAGGAUACAUCACCCUCCCAGUACUAUAUAAGCUGGGCCCAAAGCUAAUGUUCCCUCUGUUAUAACCAAUGAUAUUAUCAACACUUGCUUACAAUUUUCUCAUAUUCCACACAGUGUUGUUGUAUUGGUAUUAAUGGUUUAGAUCAGAUGAAAAAAAAAUUACAAAAAAAAUAUAAAAAAAUUGCUUCUUUUGUGCACAUCAUUUUGUGUCUUGUAUGUAAAUAACCUGACUGCACUUUGGAACAGUUUAUGUGUCUGAUUACUAUCUUGUGUGCAACUCAUAGAUACAAUAAACUGUUGUUCAGUG